CGACCUCGGGAUCUCCCGGCUGAAAUGGCCUGUUGUUCGCACCCGCCCCUCUGACCCUGUCACCCUGGGCAUUGUUUUCUCUUCGCCCCCGUCGCGGGAAGGGGAGGCCAGGCAAGCCUGGGUUCAAGAGUCUGGCUUCCCGCCAGGCCAGUGGCCUUAGGCCCUGGGGCCACUGGGGCGGCUCCGCCUCCUAGGCGGGAGGAGAGAACGCCUGGGUCCGGCCGGGCUGUCUUGCCCUCCCGGCUCCAGCUCUGCCAUGGGCUCCUGCAGCUCCCACGCCUCGAUCAUUCCCGACUUGGAUGACAUCCGCCGGGAGACCGGCUUCUCGCAAGCCAGCCUGGUCCGCCUCCACCACCGGUUCCGGGCACUGGACAGUAACAAGAAGGGCUACCUGUGCCGUAUGGAUCUCCAGCAGAUUGGAGCUUUGGCUGUGAACCCUCUGGGAGACCGUAUUAUAGACAGCUUCUUUCCUGAUGGGAGUCACAGUGUGGAUUUCCGAGGCUUUGCCAGAGUCCUGGCUCAUUUUCGCCCUGUAGAAGAUGAAGGCACAGGAACCUGGGACCCCGAGGAACCUGAACCCCUCAACAGCAGAAUGAACAAACUUCGCUUUGCCUUUCAGCUCUAUGAUCUGGAUAGAGAUGGAAAGAUCUCCAGGCAUGAGAUGCUACAGGUUCUCCGGCUGAUGGUUGGGGUACAGGUGACAGAAGAACAGUUGGAGAGCAUCGCUGACCGCACAGUGCAGGAGGCUGAUGAAGAUGGAGAUGGUGCCGUGUCCUUCUUGGAGUUCGCCAAGACCUUAGAGAAGAUGAACAUAGAGCAAAAGAUGAGCAUCCGAAUCCUGAAGUGACCUCUUUGUGUGUCUGAUGAGCUCAUGCAGGCCAGCAUCUGCUUGGGAUUCAUCCUGAGCCCCCAUGGAGGCGGGACCCCAAUGAACUGUAGUCUUACUUCUAGAUUGACCUUCAUUUAGGGCCAAGGAGAGAAAGCUGGAAGGGUGUGUGCUACAGUCUAGCCCAUUUGAUCUCAGAUCUGAGAACCAGCCAGCAAUCUUUUGGUUGCAAGUGAAUGAAAGUCCAACUAAAAGUAACAUAAAUAAAAAAAGGGAUUUUAUGGGCUCAUGUGUAGAAAAAAUCUGGAAGUAUGUCUUCGGGCAGAGCUGGAUGCAAGGGUUCAAAGGACAUCAUCAGAACUCAGUUAUUCUGCAUCUUUCUACUUGGCUUUCUUCUGUGUUGGCUUCAUUCUCAGGAGAGCUCGUUCCUUAUGGUAAAAUAAAGCUGCCAGCAGCUCUAGGCUUUCAUCCUACUAGCCCAGUUACUCAGUGAGAAGAGGUUUUCUUUUCCAAUAAUUCCAAGCAAAGACUUAAAUUUGAGUGUCAUUGGCCUGAUUGGGGUCCUGUCCUUACCUCCUGGGGAAUGGAGUGCUCUCAUUGGCCAGGCUGGUGUCAUAUGCUUACUCCUAGAGACAGGAAAUAAGGUCUGAGGACUCAGGGUGGGGGAAGGGGUGGAUGCUUAAAAGCACAGAGUAGAACUGCCCCAUAGAGUUUUCAAGGAGUGCCUGGUGAAUUCGAAUUGCUGACCUUUUGGUUAGCAGCUGAGCUCUUAACCACUGAGCCACCAGGGCUCCAUAAAAGCAAAUGAGGUGCUCUUAUCAGAAGAAUGGGGAAUGAGGCUGGUUGGGCAAAACAAGAGAUGUCCAUUACCUUUAGGUUGUCCAAAUGGAAGAACCCUUGCAGUCUAUCAUCUUAAAUUGGUGUGUGGGUUGGAGUGCGGGGAGAGGUGACGUAAAAAUAAUAAAUAGGACAUCUACCGUCCUGGACUGUGAAACCCUUCAAAGUUUUUUAUUAUUUUUUUAAUUUUUAGUGUGCUUUAAGUGAAAGUUUACAAAUCAAGUCUGUCUCUCAUACAAAAAUUGAUAUACACCUUGCUAUAUACUCCUGGAAACCCUGGUGGUGUAGUGGUUAAGUGCUAUGGCUACUAACCAAGAGGUUGGCAGUUCAAAUCCUCCAGGCGCUCCUUGGAAACUCUAUGGGGCAGUUCUACUCUGUCCUAUAGGGUCACUAUGAGUCGGAAUUGACUCGAUGGCAGGGGGUUUGGUUUGGUUUUAUAUACUCCUAGUUGCUCUCCCCCUAAUGAGACAGCACACUCCCUGCCUCCACUCUAUUCUUGUGUCCAUUUGGCCAGCUUCUGACCCCCUCUGCUCUCUCAUCUCCCCUCCAGACAGGAGAUGCCAACAUAGUCUCAUGUGUCUACUUGAUCCAGGAAGCUCACUCUUCACCAGUAUCAUUUUCUAUCCCAUAGUCCAGCCCAAUCCCUGUCUGAAGAGUUGGCUCUGGGAAUGGCUCCUGUCUUGGGCUAACAGAAGGUCUGGAGACCUUCCAGGGUCCUUCUAGUCCCAGUCAGACCAUUAAGUCUGGUCUUUUUAUGAGAAUUUGGGGUCUGCAGCCCACUGUUCUCCUGCUCCCUCAGGGGCUCUCUGUUUCACUCCCUGUCAGGGCAGUCAUCAGUUGUAGCCAGGCACCAUCUAGCUCUUCUGGUCUCAGGCCAAUGCAGUCUCUGGUUUAUGUGGUCCUUUCUGUCUCCUGGGCUCAUAAUUACCUUGUGUCUUUGGUCCUUCAAAGUUUUGAGGGUAACCUCGUUGCUUUUAUGGUUGCUCCCAACUGACUCUGACUCAUGGUGACCCCAUGUGUGUCAGAGUAGAACUGUGUUCCACAGGGUUUUCGAUGGCUGAUUUUUUGGAAGUAGAUGACCAGGCUUUUCUUCUGAGGUGUCUCUGUGGGACUCAAACCUCCAACCUUUCUUUUAGUAGCUGUUAUGGUUUGAAGUGUGUCCUCUGAAAAUGUGUGUCAACUUGGCCAGGCCACGAUUCCCGUAUUGCGUGGUUGUCUACCAUUUUGUGAUCUGAUGUGAUUUUCCUAUGUGUUGUAAAUCCUACUUUUAUGAUGUUAAUGAGGCAGGAUUAGAGGCAGUUAUGUUAAUGAGGCAGGACUCAAUCUAUAGGAUUAGGUUGUAUCUUGAGUCAAUCUCUUUUGAGAUAUAAAAGGAAGAAUUGGGCGCGGAGGAGAGGGACCUCAUUACCACCAAGCAAGAAGAACCAGGAGUGGAGCAUGUCCUUUGGACACAGGGUCCCUUUGCUGAGAAGCUCCUAGAACCAAGGGAAGAUUGAUGACAAAGACCUUCCCCAAGAGCCAACAGAGAGAGAAGCCUUUCCCCUGGAGUUAGUGCCCUGAAUUUGAACUUCUAGACUCCUUGACUGUGAGAGAAUAAACUUCUGUUUAUUAA